AUGGCCGCGCCCUCCCACCUCCACCUCCACCUCCCGGGCUGCCCCCAAACCCUAGCCUUGCCCCUGCCCUCGCCGCGGGGCUUCUCCGCUCGGCCCGGCCUCCGCUCCCGCUCCCACCGCCCCCGCCUCCGCCUCCGCCUCCGCCCGGUCGCCGCGCUCGGCCCCGCCGACGCUGGCGACCUGCUCGGCCGCGUCGAGGCAUUCCUCUACACCGUCGCGGACGCCGCCGUCUCCGCGGAGCCCGUCGUGGCGGCCGCGGACGGCGGGACCAAGGAGGCCGCCGGGGACUGGCUCUCCGGCAUCACCAACUCCAUGGAGACCGUGCUCAAGGUUCUGAAAGAUGGUCUAUCAGCUCUCCAUGUUCCUUAUUCAUAUGGCUUUGCAAUCAUUCUCCUCACUGUUCUUGUUAAGGCAGCUACAUUUCCUCUAACAAAGAAGCAGGUUGAGUCUGCACUUGCAAUGAGGUCACUGCAACCUCAAGUGAAGGCCAUUCAAGAACGAUAUGCUGGUGAUCAGGAAAGGAUACAACUUGAAACUGCUCGCUUAUACAAGUUAUCUGGUGUUAACCCACUUGCAGGAUGCUUGCCUACCCUUGUGACAAUACCAGUUUGGAUUGGUCUAUACAGAGCUCUCUCAAAUGUAGCUAAUGAGGUUGAUAUACUGAAACGUCUAUUCUGUCACUGUCAAUUCUUCUUUGUUGAACAGUUUACAUUUUCUCUGCCUGAUGUGUUUUUUGGAUACCUUCUUUGGCUGGUCCUACAACAAUUGCUGCUCGACAAAAUGGCCAGGGAAUAUCCUGGCUUUUUUUCUUUUACUGAUGGUCAUCCACCUCUUGGCUGGUCGGACACUUUGGCAUACCUUGUGUUACCAGUUCUUCUUGUCAUGUCACAAUACAUAUCUACUCAAGUAAUGCAGCCACCACAGAGCAAUGAUCCUAGCCAACAAGGUGCUCAGGCUGUAACAAAGUUCUUACCAUUGCUAAUUGGUUAUUUUGCUCUUUCAGUGCCUUCUGGACUAGGUCUGUACUGGCUUACAAAUAAUAUCCUCAGUACUGCACAACAAGUGUGGCUUCAAAAGCUUGGAGGUGCAAAAGAUCCUGUCAAAGAAUAUAUUGACAAACUCUCAAGAGAAGAAUCGACUACUGUUCAGAAGAAUGAAUCUACUGUUCAGAGUGAACCUCUCCCUAAACUUAGUAAACCCCAGCCCAGCCAAGAGCCGAAACCAAGUGGGCCUGGCGUGGUGAAAGAUUUAGGAAACUAA